CUAGGGGGACGUUUUUGAUUGAUAGCCAGGCGUUCAAUACGGCUUGGUCCAGCUGCACAAUGGCGGGUAGAUUAGUGACCUUGCUCACCAUCGUAGUGAUAUGUAUGUGUAACGACAGCGUUCUGACACAGCCUUCGAAGCCAAAUAUUGUGAUGAUUUUGCUGGAUGAUGUGGGUUGGAAUGACGUCGGCUGGAAUAACAAACACAUUAAAACUCCCACACUGACUAAGUUGGCAAACGACGGAUUGAUUCUCAACCAAUCAUACACUCAGCCUGUCUGUAGCCCGUCCCGUGCCUCCCUUAUGACUGGUCGUUACCCACACAAUGUCUACAUGGACGACUCCACCCCACUUGGCCGCGACGCUGCUGAGGGCUUGGAUCUUGGACUUGAGCUGUUGCCACAAAAACUAAAGAAGGCCGGAUACUCAACCCAUGCAACCGGAAAGUGGCACUUGGGCUUUUGUGACUGGAAGUACACUCCCACUGAACGUGGGUUUGAUUCCUUUUACGGUCAUUACUUGGCAUCCAAUGAUUAUUAUACACAUAAAUCCGGCAGAGGACUUGAUCUUUGGUUCAACAGACAGAGUGUCAAAGACAAAGAUGGCGUUUACGACACGAACUUGUGGUCUGACCGUGCAGUGGACGUAAUUGAAAACCACGACGUAACUAACCCCUUGUUUCUGUAUGUGGCCUAUAACGCGGCUCACUCGCCUUAUCAGGCUCCCCAGGAUGUCAUCAACAGCUAUCCGCCAAUUGCAGACAAAGACAGGCGCACCCUGGCAGCUAUGAUGUCAGUGGUUGACGAAGGUGUUGCCAAUAUCACAAAGGCCUUGGAAAAGAAGAACAUGAUGAAUAAUACCUUGCUUGUCCUGCUUUCAGAUAACGGAGGAGUUCCCAGCGCGGGCAACAACUGGCCACUGAGAGGCAGGAAGGGCGGGUUUUACGAGGGCGGGAUACGUACCCCAGGGUUUGUGUACGGCGGUUUGCUGAGGAGGAAAGGUGUCGUCGCCCAGGGUCUAAUGCACUUGUCUGACUGGGCACCUACGCUUCUGACUAUUGCUGGGGUUGAUAUAAGUGAUGAGACAUUCGACGGCAGCGAUCAAACCAGGGUUGUCUUGGAUGGUGGUGCAUCAACUCGCACAGACAUCAUACAUUAUCUGGCCUCCAGCUCCCCUGGCGGUGUUAUUAGAUCUGGUGAUUGGAAAUUAAUUAUUGGCAAAAGUCGUCAAGUCGGUUGGGAUGAGGACCCCUUUGAUAACCCCACGCCCACUAAAGGGUCAUCCAAGGACAGACGUCAAGCAGGCCAAGGCAGACCUGCGACGGGAGGAGAUAGAAUUCAACUGUAUAACAUUAAAGAGGACCCGACAGAAAAGUCAAAUUUGGCUAGUCAGUAUCCCAGCAUUGUGAGGCGACUCCGUUCAAAGCUUAUAACGGCACACAAGACUAAGACAGCCGUUCCGGAAGUUGUGACAACAACCGCCGGUCAUCCCCCCAUCUUCAAGGGCGUUUGGAGUCCCGGAUGGUGCGUCGGAGGCUCCAAUGGAGAAGCGGCAACCCUUGUCAACACUGACCCCGUUGUUGGAUAACAUCCGGUGAUGUAUCGUUUCAGACGUACCAAAACUUGAUGAUGUACCGUGACGUCGGCAACGUUGUCGUCUGAGAUGCCUGAAGUUAUAGCUUCUUGUCGUUUUCUUAUUCUUGGUUUUGAUGCAUACCUUUCAGUUUGAAAGAAUAUGACUUUGCAGAUUUUUUUCUUCAACUGAAAUAAUAAAUUAUGGGGUUAAUGAAAUAACACCUAAAUCUCGAUUUUAGCUAUUAUCUUUUUUCUUCUUUUUACACAAAAACUGUUUUAUCUGAUCGUCUUGGAUACACGAAACCAAUACGAUAUCCAUCACUUUUCACGUUGUAUACGUAUAGUCUAAUAGUAUACUCUAAUAGUAUUAGAGAGAAAAUUCCUUUUUGUUUGUGAAGAUUAAAAAAAAAAUUAAUACCAAAACUUUUGAUUUAAACUUAUUUCACUUAUUUUACCAGUUGUGCAUUUGUAAUGACAUCUAGGUCCAUACAUAUUAAAAGUGUAAUUUUAU